AUGCGGGCCGUCGGUCCCUGGCGCAGGGCGAGCGCAGCGGUGUCAGCCCCGGCCCCUGUCCGGGUCCCAUUCACAAGUCGGCGGCGGCUGCGAGCGGCCCCCGCGGCAUCCGCUCGCGACGCUCCCCUCGGCUGGCGGCGGCCGCGGAAUGAGCCGCCGAGCGCGCUAGUGGCAGGAAUGAGAAACCAGGGGGGAGGUGGCGGGCGGGGGUGGGGGGAGGCGGAGAAGGAGGGAGGCCGCCGCUGGGAGGGAAGGAAAGGGCGGGGGGGGGGGGGGGGGGCGGAGAGGAGCCGAGGCCGCAAGACGCGGCUAGCCGGGCCUCGCGGAGGCUGCGGGGGCCGGCCCGUCCGCGCCCCUCCCCCCAGGGACCCCCGGGAUGUCAGCCCCGGGAUUCGUGGCCACCCCGCUCCCCCGCUCUGGGUCGCCGCACUCCGGAUCCCCUGA